CCACCCCCUAUCUCGUUGUUAUUUAGAAAGUGAGCUUUCACUAUGAAGAACUGCUCUGUUUUAAAGUGUUACAAGCUGAGUUCUGAGUAGCUGGGGAGUGAGAGGAUGAUGAGUGCAGUCUGGAGGUGAUGGUUCCAGCCACUACUAUAAGAGUCUGAGGAAUUGCUGUGGGGCGGUUAGGGGAAGGGGGAAGCUUGCAAACAAAAGGCGAUUUCCGGCUCUAAUUUCCCUCGCUAUACUCCCACAUUUUGAAUGUUUUGGGAAGCAGUAAAUGAGAUCUUGGUUGGGUCAAAACAAAAAAGGACAGGAAGAGAAAAGAGGAGGUGGAGGGCAGAGGGGGAACCAAACUGUCCCCAUUUAUUGUCUUUAGCAUCUUCACCAUUGUUAUUUUGGAGCUCUCGAGGCUAGGUCUGAGUCAAGUACAGAGACGCCUCUUGGUUCCCCGCCUGGGAUAUCUAGAGCAGGAACAGCAAGAGCGAGACCCUAGACAAAGGGGUCCAGGCGCUUCCGUGCAGAGAGGGAGGGAGAGACUGAGAGGAAGGAGGGAGCUCCGGCGGUUGCCACGCCACUGUUGCUCCUGCUUCUGCAGCUAAGACGGACUGAGACCCUGCCUCGGAGAAGAAGUGAGAGCAGGCAAAGCCGAGCGGGCCAAGCGGAGAGUCCAGGGAAAAUCAAGAUCGCGAGGUCAAGCAGGCAAGAAGGCAAGCUGGCUAGGGGAGCAGCCUCCCCGGGAGUCCAGGCGGCGGAAGAAGCGAGAUAAAGGCUUUGAUCCAAUCAGAGACUAGAUCUGCGCUGGGCUCCAACUCUCCGCCUCCCUCUACCCCCACCCGGCUUGUCUUUAUUCUUCCCUUUCUCCUACUCCCCCUCCCCCUCCCACAACUGCAACAGCUGCAAAAACUGCUGUCGGUGAGCACUCAGGUCCUUUCGCUGGGCUGGCCUGGGGGGCUGCAGCAUGGCUUUAUCGUGGAGGAGCUGGUUAGCAAACGAAGGGGUUAAACACCUCUGCCUGCUAAUCUGGCUCUCUCUCAAUGUCCUUCUUUUCUGGAAAACCUUCCUGCUAUAUAAUCAAGGACCAGAGUAUUAUUAUCUCCACCAGAUGUUAGGGCUAGGAUUGUGUCUAAGCAGAGCUUCAGCAUCAGUUCUCAACUUCAACUGCAGUCUUAUUCUUUUACCGAUGUGCCGGACAGUGUUGGCCUUCCUGCGUGGCUCCCAGAAGGUUGCAAGCAGAAGAACAAGAAGGCUCUUAGAUAAAAGUAGAACUUUCCACAUAACCUGUGGUAUUACCAUCUGCAUCUUUUCAGGAGUCCAUGUUGCUGCACAUCUGGUGAAUGCCUUGAACUUCUCCGUGAAUUACAAUGAAGAUUUCCUUGAAAUAAAUGCAGCAAGAUAUCGGGAUGAGGAUCCCAGGAAACUUCUCUUCACCACUGUUCCUGGAUUGACAGGGGUCUGCAUGGUGUUGGUGUUGUUCCUCAUGAUUACAGCUUCCACAUAUGCCAUUCGGGUUUCUAAUUAUGACAUCUUCUGGUAUACACAUAAUCUCUUCUUCGUCUUCUACAUAUUGCUGAUGCUGCAUGUCUCAGGAGGGCUCCUGAAAUAUCAAACUAAUCUCGAUGCACACCCUCCUGGCUGCCUCAGUCCUAAUAGAACUCGCCAACUGAAUAUUCCCCUGCCAGAAUAUUUCUCGGAGCACGUUCCUGAACCCUUCCCUGGAGGAUUUGUAAAUUCCGAGCUGUUUAUACAGAACAAGUUUGUGAAAAUCUGUGCAGAGGAGCCCAAGUUCCAAGCAAAUUUUCCUCAGACUUGGCUUUGGAUUUCAUUACCAUUGUGCCUCUAUUGUGCUGAAAGGCUUUACAGGUGCAUUAGAAGUAAUAAGCCUGUGACAAUCAUUUCAGUAAUCAGCCAUCCUUCAGAUGUCAUGGAAGUUCGAAUGAUCAAGGAAAACUUUAAAGCCAGACCUGGCCAAUAUAUUAUUCUUCAUUGUCCAAGAGUGUCUGCAUUAGAAAACCAUCCAUUUACUCUCACAAUGUGCCCAACUGCCACAAAAGCAAUAUUUGGGGUUCAUCUGAAAAUAGUUGGAGACUGGACAGAAAGAUUUCGAGAUUUGCUGCUCCCUCCAUCUGGACAAGAUUCAGAGAUUCUGCCCUUCAUCCAGCCAAGGAACUAUCCCAAGCUGUACAUCGAUGGACCUUUUGGGAGUCCCUUUGAGGAAUCGUUGAAUUAUGAGGUCAGCUUGUGUGUGGCUGGAGGCAUCGGAGUGACUCCUUUUGCAUCAAUACUCAACACAUUGCUGGAUGAUUGGAGACCAUACAAACUCAGAAGACUGUACUUCAUCUGGGUGUGCAGAGAUAUCCAAUCCUUUCAUUGGUUUGCAGAUUUACUCUGUGUGCUGCAUAACAAGCUUUGGCAGGAGAACCGACCUGACUACGUGAACAUCCAGCUGUAUCUCAGUCAAACAGAUGGAAUACAGAAAAUAAUUGGUGAAAAGUAUCAGGCACUGAAUUCUAGACUUUUUAUUGGAAGACCUCGAUGGAAACUUCUCUUUGAUGAAAUAGCCAAAUGUAACAGAGGGAAAACAGUUGGUGUUUUCUGCUGUGGGCCCAGUUCUAUUUCCAAGACUCUUCAUCAACUGAGUAACCAGAACAAUGCUUAUGGGACAAGAUUUGAAUACAAUAAGGAAUCUUUCAGCUGAAAGCACUUGGGGACAUACAGGGACAAGGAUGGACACUUCAAAAGGAUCUAGUGCAAUUUUUGAGACUUUUAAAGUCAGCCACAGUCAACAGAUAACAAAGUGCCCAAGAAUAAUGAGGUUUUCUUAUUUAUGAUUAUUUAAAAUGGAAAUGUAGAGGAGAUGGCAAGAUGAUAGUCCAUCCAUAUUAUAGGUUUAAUCUGGGAACCCAAGAGGAUCAACAAAAUGUGGACUACCAUGAUUUGGUGUUCAAUGCUUGUAUUAUAAAGAAAGCCAAUAGAUGCACAUUGUUGAUUUUAUGGCUAAUUGAAGAGCUUCCCAUUGCAUGGCUGAACUUUCUCUGUAUGAGGUUGAUUGCCUCUGUUAUCCUUCAGUUAUUUUUGGUUGAACAGGUUCUAUAUUGAUCAAAAUUAAAAAUGCAUAUAUCAAGUCAUACUACCUUCUUUGCUUUUCAUACAAAAAAUAGCUUUAAUUUGAAAAAAUCCAUGUAAAUGUAUUAUACUUUACACACAGUAACUUAGGACUCUUUAUUGAUACGGGUAUUCCAUCAACAUCUUCACUACUGAUGCUGAUACCUCCAUUUAAUGCCUACAAUUCCUAGACUCUGGGAUGGAAGUUUGUGUGAGUAUGGAUACGGAAUAUAUAUUUUUAUGUUUUAAUGUUAACCUUCUCUUCACUUCAAAGAUUUAUAUUGUUCACUGAUAGAGGCUGAACCAAGUACCUAAUUUUCAUAGGCUUAGCCUUAAUUUUUUUGGUCUUUGGAGAAAAGCAAAUAAAUAAAUACUAGCUUGAGAAUCAGAGAACCUUUACCAGCAAUUAGCUAUGUAGUUGUUUCAAAAUCAUUUGACUUCUCUGGAUCAGUUUCUUCAUUUGUAAAAUAAGGAAGGGAGUUGGUAUGGAUGGCAUCAAAGCACUUCUCUCUUAAAAUUUCAUGAAUUUAUGAACCUUCUUUUAAAAAAAUUGGGAGGGAUAGGGUGCUGUGUCUAAUCUACACAGUCAUAGGUGACUGUCACUCCCUCCCUCUGAGCCUUUCUGUUCUUUGCAGUUUCUUAUGGUAGAGAUUCUUAUGGUAAAGAUUUACUUAAUAAUAUUCACUUGGAGAAUAAAAGAGUUCACUUCUGUUUUUAGCCUCCACAGAAAUAAGAUAAUCCUGGGCAUUCCUUGGCUGGGGAGCUCUCUGAGAUUACUGAAAGUACAGUCACUUUAAGCAGGAAGUACCUAUUAUAUCAGGCAGAUGCCACUAGCAUUUUGGGAUUUAACUAUGGCAUAAAGCAUCAAAUAUUACAGGUUAACAGAACUAAUAACUCCAAUAUUAAAGGUGUUAUCUUUCCAGCAUCUAAUAUUUUGAGUCUCAGCAGUGAUAUGUAAUAAAUAUUCUCAAAAAUAUUCUCAAUUUUUUUCCUCCUCCUACUGUUUUUUUAAAUUAUUACUGAGACUCCAGUUAGCUCAGAAUUCUUAGCUCAGAAAGGGAUAGGUUUGUUUCACUGCAAAAUCAAAUCUGUGCUAUUUAAAUGUGUGUAUAGCUCUCAAAUACUCACAAAUCUGGUGCAAUGGUUUAAUCAGGAGGACUUGGCAUGCAUGUUCCAUGACAUAAUUCGAUGUCAUUCAAUAAACAUUUUUGAAAUAUGCUGAAGAUACAAAGAUUAAAAAUCAAAUAGUCACUUAACCAGCAUUUAUUAUAUAUUUUCUAGGCACUAGAAAUACAAAGAAAGGAAAAAAUUUAAAAGUCCCUGCUCUCAAUGAAUUUACAUCCUGAUGGGAAGAUUAAUAUGCAAAAAAACUCUGUAUAUGUAAGACAUAUAUUUUUGUAUGUAUAUGCAUAUGUAUAGAUCUGUAUACCCACAUAGUAUAUUUAUAUAUACAUAUACACAUACAUACUUCUAAUACCUUCCCUUUAAUAUAUGCAAACUAUGUAUAUAUAAGAUGUAUCUAUAUGUAUAUUUAUGUAUAUGUGUGUAUGUAUGUAUUAGUAAGGUACUAGAAGGGGGGAGUGGCUUUAGGAUGGGUUGAACAGAGAUGUUGUUGUUUCUAGUCUACUGUGGAGUGAAUAGAAGGAUUUGACACCUAUUCAAAUAGAAACUCCCUGAAGAAUCUUAUGGAUAUAAAGGAGAAGUUUUAAGUGCCAUGAGAAUUUUGAAGAAGGGUAGAUUAGGGAAGGGAAAGGAAGCUAUUAAUUAUGGGAGAGAUCCUGCAAUCUGCAGUCACUAUCAACCUGAGUCAGAUUCAUCAAUAAUGAUUUCAUCAAAGCUUGCUCUAAAAUUAUUUAGAGCUCACUGAUUGAAUGAUUGCAAUUUAGAUGACUUAGAGAAGCCAUUAUUUUUAUUACUUAAUAUACUCAGCUUUGCUUAACACAUAUUUAUUAAACUCCUCCUAUGUGUCAAGCAUUGUACUAGGCCUACAGCUAAAACAAAAAUUAGUACCCUCAAGGAGCAUUCAUUAUAUCAGGUACAAUGACAUGUACAUAAAAAAUUAAUAUAAAUUUGUGCAAAAUAAUUAUUUUUCCCUGUUGGGAGUAUUAACAACUGGGGAGGGAGGGGAAAAGAUCAUGUUAGGAAAGAUGUCUUACUUAAGAUAGUAAUUGACUGUAAAAUUAUUUUGCCCAAUGAUGCACUAUGCCUAUUUGCAAUAUUAUUAUGAGUUGAGACAUAUAUUGGGGUAGUACAGUAGUAGCUUUAAUAUUUUUGCAUUUCUUGGAUCCUUAUAGCAGUCUGAUGAAACCAAUGGACUCCUUGAAGUGAUGUCUUUAAAUGCACAAAAUAAAACACGUAGGAUUAUAAAGAAAACCAAGUAUAUUGAAAUACAGUUUUCAAAAUCUUUCUUUAAAAAAAUAUAGAAUCUUGGUUAAGAACUUUUCCUACAGAGGAGAGAAGGCAAUCCUUAGGAUUAAGAACUGAGUUUCAGCACUACCUCAGACAUGCUGAUUGCAUGACUCUGCACAGUUAAGUCACUUAACCUAUCAGUACUCUAUGCAACUUGCUAAGAUAUAUUUCAGAGUAGUCGCAAUGCAUUUAUAGAUGGAACUUUCCCAUCUGACAGUUUUUUAUACCAAAGAUAUAGCAGGUUCAACCUCUAUAGAUUCUCUUCAUGGUGUGUUAAAUUCAGGAAACAGUUUGGUUUAUUGGCCAUCCUAGUAUCUUUCAAAGCUAAAGUCAUACAUUUCUGGACUGUAUAAAAGCAUAUUAUUUGGUGAGUCAUAAGUUUAAAUUGUGAAUGACUAAGAGAUUUAGUCUCCCUUAAAGUUGCUUUCUCUGGUGGUUCUUAAUUGUUAUUUAACUAUCUACAAUUACUGAAUGAAAGUGUGCUCCAAUUUUUUUUUAAGUUUUCUAUUGGAAAAGUAAACAAAGAAGUUUUUAGUGACAGUUUCACCAAAUUUUAGAACAAAAUCAAUUUCUUUUUUGCAGAGGCUAGUUUUAGAUAUAUUAGUAUAGAUUGAGAGUCACAAGAAUUGAAUUUUAAACUUGACUCUGUCCCUAUUUAGACCUUGGGCAAAUCUUUCUUCUAUCAACUGGCAAUCUAGAUUGGGCAUUUUUGAAGGACUGUCUUAUCAGCUGUGUGAUUUGUUUGCAACAGUGAUUUUUAUCUCCUUAGUCCUUAGUUCCCACAACUGUAAAAUUCAGGGUUCAAACUAUAUAGUUUCAUCUCUUUUGGCUCUAAAAUUCUAGAUAAUGUCUUUAUUAGAUUAAUUGUUGGGGUUAUAUUAAGAAAUUAAUUUAGUGGAAGAAAAAAGAAAGCCUAAAUUCUCUGUUUAAUUCAUCUACAAUAUAAAGACACUUCCAAAAGAACCUUUCCUUUCCACCAGAGUUUUUGCCUUCCUUGAGAAUCAUGUCCAUCUUUGAUGGAAGGUUUCUGUGGAAGAAAAGAUUUCUGUAUUUUUUUAUGUCAAAAAUGGAAAUCUCUCUAGUUGAAAUAAAACCCAUAAUUGUUUCAUCCUGUUUACUUGGUGACUUAUUGUUAGGUCCCAUGUAUCUGGAAACAUAAUAACAAUUCAUUUAGUUUUCAAUUUGUUUAUUUUUAAAUAAGGAACUGAAAUGAAUGAUUGACUAUUUUUCAUCUCAUUUCAUUUAAAAAGAUCCCAUUGGAAUGAUCCUGAUUGCAAAAUAGUUUAAAAACGUGCAUGUACACACACACACACACACACACAUACACACACACACACACAUGCACAAUCUUGGUGAUUUAUCCAGUAUGAUGCAGUUUGAUGAUCUGAUCUGUUGAACUAUAAAGUCUAUAGUUCCCAAAUAAGCAUUUACUUUGAAAUAUCACCAUCUAAUUUAAAUCCAUCCCUCAUGGUGAAGUCACAAAAACCUGAAUUUGAAUUCCUCCUCAGAUACUUACUAACUGUGUGAUUCUAGGGAAGCCACUUAAUUUCUUACAGGAAAUUUGUUAAAUGGAAGUAAUAGCAGCAUGUAUCUCACAGGGUCAUUUUGAGGAUCAUGUGAGUUAACAUGUAAAAUAAAAUCCUUUGCAAAUCUUAAAGAGCUACAUACAUUCUAGUUAUAAUGAUGAUAGUGAUGAGGGUGAGUUUCAUAUUGAGAGUUUAUUAUCCAAGACACCAAUACAUUAUAACUUUUGAUAACAGAACUGCAUCACUUUCCUUCCCUGUAUCCCUAACAUCUAAUAAAAUGUUUGGCAGAGAGCAAUUGCUUGAUAAGUGCUUGUUAUAUUGAAUGACUUCAAUUUCACUGAAUUACUCCAAUCUUAAAAAUAUAACUUUGCACUAAAAUAUCAAAAUUUCUUGCUCCCAUCCCUACAAGAGAGGUAGAAAAAUAAUAAAGUGAAGUCAGCCUCAUUUUUAUGCUUACCCAACUCUGAAUUGUUACUGGAUGCAAUGGGGGAAAAAAGGACACUUAUCUAAACUAGGAAAAAAUGAAAUAAAUGUAAUCAUAUUUAAAGAGAUUGGUUUUUACUCCAAAUGGCAAGCAUAAAUGUACAAUAAAGAUUCUAUAUUUUCUUCUUCCCCAAAGUCCAACCAGCCUUUUCUUUCUAAUCAGGGAUUACAAAAUUUCAAAUAGGAAGAGAAAUUCAGAAAUCUGAAAGCCAUAGAUUGAGCUUAGGAAGGACAGCUAGUUGGCGUAAUUGAUGAGUAUCAGCCCUGGAAUCACCAAGACCUAAAUUCAAAUCCUGUCUCAGACACUUACCUUUGAAUCUCGAAAAGGAAAUGGGGAACCACAUUAGUAUCGUUGCCAGAAAAAAUCCCAAAUAGGGUUAUUAAGAAUUGGACACAACUAAAAUGAGUGAACAACAAAAGAUCAGGAGCAAAAUGGAAUACAGGGGGACAUUUGGGGUAAGACAAAAAUUGUAAGGCUAUAAUUAUAAAUUAACAAGGAGAUUAUCUACAUUAAUAAAAAGAAGUCAAUGAUCUCCCUUUGAAAUGCCAAACCAGGUAAGUCACUAUUCAAGAAGAGGACUAACCAUGGUUUUUAGCAGCAGCCUGGGAGUACUCAACUAUCAGAGAAUGGCAUGCCUCUUGAAUAGAAAUCCUUGGUGGGUCAAAAUCAGUGAAACCAAAGAGCACUUGGCCAAUAUAAGAUAGUAUGGUGGUGGUCCCCUUAUAAACCAGAUAAAUUUGGGGAAUUAAAUGCAGUCUGUUGAACUAUUCCUCUGGUUCAUCCAAAUGUCAAAGGAUUGUAUACUUGUUUUGUUUUUUGGAAGUCAUUCCUGCCAGUUCUGAUUUAAAUGUUUUAGCACAAGCUCCCCUUUGAUUGUAAUGAUAUCUGAGGGUUUGAGAAAGAAAGCUUUAGUGAUUUGCUGUUUGACCUCUAGGUAAGGCCAGAUUUUAUGGGGAAAAACUGCAUUCCAUAAAUGUCUAACAUACACUGCAAUAUGUCAGAGAGAGGCAGCCCUGGUGCUUCCUCUGUGGCAUCCAUAGCACAUUAAAAUUCUGUCAUUGCAAGGUCAUAUUGUUAAUUUUCUAUUUUUCUACCCCAGGAGAGGAAAGCUUUUUUAAAAAAAAUAUUGUAAGAGAAAUUUAUCCUGUAGUAACAUAACUAAAAUCACUGUUCAUCUGCAUUGGAUAUUUAUUUUGAGACAAUUUAUUGAUUUAGGAAGAUUGUGUAAUUUAUUUUUUAGGCAAGAGAACCCCUCUGCAGUGCCUCACAUGUUCCUUGCUGCUCACUAAUAUAGAAAAGCCAAAUCUUUGGUUAAAGAAGUGUCAGCUGAAUUUUUCUGGCUUUCCUUCUCAGCCUGAUCUUAUAAGGCUGAGUUGUUCUUUAUGGAAACAGGGGAAUUAAACAUGUAGGUAGCUUCCUUUCUGGGAUCCUAGCUACUGUCUUAAACCAGAGUGGAACAGAUCACACCAUCUGCAUAAUAAAUAGCAAGCAAUUCAAUAGGAGUAUGAAAUUCAAAUUCAAAUUAUCAGAGAAUAGUACAUAUCUAUAUAUGUAUAUGUAUACACAUAAAAUGCAUAUAUUCUUAUAUACAUGUAUACAUAUACACAAACCCAAAUGAUGACUUUGUAUGAGGCACAAUACUGGGCUUUGGACAGAAACAAAAGUGAAAUGAUCUUAUAACCAUCAAACACUUUACUAUUUCCAGGGAUGAUUGGGUGAGGUAAAUAGGGUUUAUAUGUAAAUAAAACAAGGUUUGGAAUAAGUACAUAUAAGUCAAGGUAAACACAAAUCAAAAUUGAUAAUAAUCAUCUUUCUAACUGAUUUCACUUUUGGAAAAUAUUCUAGAGAGAACUUUGUUCUUGUGACUAUAUUUCUUUCUGUGUUUGUAUGCAUAUAUGUGUAUUUGAGGGAAAGAGCAUAAUUGCAUUUAUUACCUGAGUUUAAAGCCUGUUUGUUGAAUUGGUUUUGUUUUAUUUUGUUGCUGGUGUUAAAUUGUUCAUUUUCAGUGAUUGGAUAAGUUACCUUUCUAUCUUUAAUUUCUUUGGCAAAAUGAAAUUAAUGAAAGCUUGUUCUGUCUCCCUCACAAAGAUUUGAUGAGGACAAAUAGAACAAUAGAAAAGAAAAAAAAAACAACUUAAGACAAAAACACUAUAUGACAACAAAUGUAUUGUUUCGGUGUUGAAACUUUAUUUGGUAAUUUUUCUGAUAUAAAUCAAACAGUAAUCUACUAUCACACAGUGGAAACAGAUUAAGAACCAUCUUUAUCCAGGGCUCAGCAAAUGAAGUUUAAAUGUUUCAAUUCCAUUUUCUGGAGAAAUAUAGAAUUGCCAAAUAUCAAAUCUUCAGCACUAUUUGCCAUCAUCAGUUUCUGAUUCCCUAAAAACAAUCCCCUAUAACAUUUAGUUCACAGGUUCUCAGAAUAACUUUAAAUCACCUCAGAAGGUCAACAGUCUUAAGAAUAUAAUUGAGUUGGACUAACACCUCAGUUGCUGGAAGAUAUAUUAUUUUAUUUUAUAUCAUUGUUUAUUUAAAGUGUUUUAAUCAUGUUGUUUAUUCAAGAUGGUAUGGAACUACUAUGGGUGACAAAAGAUUUAAUAGUGUUUGCUCUUAAAGGAAUUUAUAAUCAAAUAAGGGAUGAGGAAAAUGUAAGGAGGGUAUAUAUACAAAAAUAACUAUGGAUAAGGAAAAGUGAGAUUAGUGCAAAAGAGAGCUUAUUUGGACUUUGUGGAUAAGAAGAAAACAUGUUUACCAUGUAAAAUUUGGAAAUGGUACCUAUCUAUAUCUAGGUAAUUAUAAAACACUUUUAUUUUCUUGAUAGGAAUAAAAAGGUAGUGUUUUCAGUAAGAAAACUGCUCAAGGUUUUUUGGGGAAUUGUUUUCCUAAAGCCUAAUAUUUUCAUACAGGAUUGUUCAGAUUAUUUUUUAUUAAAAGGAUCAUAGUUAAGAGUGAAAUUCCCCGCCUCCAAAAAAGAUGACAUUACUCAAGAUUAUGGUUACUAUUCUUUGCCUUGAUGUAUAUCAAAGAUAAAACAAAAAUCAACUUGGGAGGAGAAGUACACAAAGAUUGUAGGAUAUUGAUGGACUCCAUAGUCAAAGCAUUUUGACAUGCAGGUCUUGUUUUCUGGUUAAAUUGACAAUAUAAGGACAUAGAAUUUUGGAGAAAAAGCCUCAAGGGACAUUUAAUUUUUAAGUAUUUGAAAAGACAGCCUGAAUUUGUUUUCCAUAUAACCAUAUCACUGGAUCAUCUUCUAUGUACAUACUGGUGGAUACCUUCACAAAUUUAAAUUAUAACCUCUUAGUUCAGAACUUAGCCCAACACAACAGACAAAAACUCUCAUAAUGAUAAUUCUUCAUCUGCAGAGUCCAGUUCUGCAAGAGGUGCUAGAGAUAAUUCUGUAGUUAUUUCUUUGAGAACCAGAGUUAGUUCCCCCAUCCCAUCUCCAUUUCCUUAUCCUAAUGAAUUGCAAACCAAUGCACCAAACUGAAACUUGGAGAUGAGAACUAAAUGAUAUUUCAGGAACAUUUCAUAUUGAAAGUAGUUUAAUUGCUGAGCUUCUCAAACACUUUUGUAAUUGGCAUUCUUGCAAAUCAGUAAUUAGAAGCCAUAGAAUUCUGAUCUAGUGUUUUUAAAAUGCUGGUCUUUGUAAAAUUCUCAAAUGUAAAUGGUUUGCUGCCAUAAAAUUUAAAAUGUUCAUGUAUUUAUAUAAUUUUUGAAAAUUGUGUUUAAAAGUGCCUUUUUUGCAAAAUAAAAGCUAAUAAAACACUAAUUUCUGAAGCA